CCCCUUCGAGGUAUUGCUUCUAUCUUCAUGGCGACUCUCUAUAAGAGCAGGACCCAGUCUUUCCUUAUGCGAGUUUAUCAUGUGCUUCACGAAAGGGCAAAAAGGUCUGUUUGAUGAUAGCAACGCCACCAAGGCCAAAGGAGAAAAGCCCAACACCAAGGUGCGAGCCCACACUAUAAAAACCCUAUCGCCAUCCUUAUCCUUUUCUUAACUUCUUCCUUCUCAAAGCUUCAGGACCCUCCACCCCAAACUCUUACUCAAACCAAACCGCAGUCCACAAUGUCUCCCCCAAGAGUCGCUAUCAUCAUCUACUCCAUGUACGGACAUGUUGCUACCUUGGCCGAGUCCGUAAAGACAGGUUUUACAAGAGCCGGUGGAAGUGCCAAUAUCUUCCAGAUCCCUGAGACCCUCUCCGCCGAAGUCCUCGGUAAAAUGCACGCACCACCCAAACCCGACUACCCCAUCUUUGACUCGCACAAACUCGUCGACUACGAUGCCUUCAUUUUCGGAAUUCCCACUCGUUACGGUAACUUCCCCGGUCAAUGGAAGGCGUUCUGGGAUACCACUGGUGGACUCUGGGCCAAGGGUGCUCUUGCCGGAAAAUACGCUGCUGUUUUCGUCACCAGCGGUACUCCUGGUGGAGGUCAAGAGAGUACCGUUCUCACAUCCCUCUCCACCUUAGCCCACCACGGUAUCAACUACGUUCCAUUGGGUUACUCCCAGACGUUCGCCCUUUUCUCAAACCUAGAUGAGGCUCACGGUGGAUCCCCAUGGGGAGCUGGUGCUUUCGCUGGCGCCGACGGUUCACGCCAACCCUCUGCUCUCGAGAAGGAGAUCGCCGAGACGCAAGGCAAACAGUUCUGGGGCGUCAUCUCCAAGGUCAACUUCUGAUGAGCUUUUUUUUUGUUCUGGGUAAAACAAACAAAAGUGCCUCGCGGUGGAAGAGAGCUUGUAGUAGUAGACACUUGGUUCCUCCCCCCUCUAUACCUUAUUUGAUCGAUAACUAGAAUAAACUUUAUACCUAUACCCGCUUUUCUGAUACGAACACUGCACUGGCACCGGAGUACAAAGGUUCGAUAAGAGAUAUAUCCGCCCUUUCAGCUUGCACUCUGUGUUGGUCAACCCCAGGUAUGCG